CAUAAUCGCGCACUCGACAAAGCAGACAAACAGCACACAAGACGACGAAGAACAAAGCACUGUCGUCGUCUCAUCCGAACCACACAAGACCACCCACACACAUCGUCCAUCCACUCUGCUCCCGCUUCAGUUAUCACACAGGCACACACACACACACACACACACACACACACACACACACACACACACACACACACAGAGGCACACAGGCACAGCCACUGCCACUUUCUCCCACUUCCACGCACGACCGCGCCAACGGCAACGACCAACCAUGACAUCCAGCUUUCAGCCCGUUGUGCUUGCCGCAGGCCUGGGACAAGGGCUGCAACCUUUGACCAAGACCUACUGCAAAGCAACGCUUCCCAUUGCCAACGUGCCCAUGAUUUCCUACGUCCUCCAUCUCCUCAACCGUGAAGGCUUCCCAGAUGCCAUCAUUAUUUGCCGCGAAUCCCACGAGGACAGAAUCAAGGCCACCCUCACCGCGUCCUCAGAGAAGAAAGGGCCAACCAAGACAAGUAUCGUGCCCUACACUAUCGAAACCAUCCCAGACGACAGCACCAUGGGCACGGCAGAUGCGCUGCGGCUGUUUGCCUCCAAGAUCCAGAAGGAUGUGCUGCUGCUGCCAUGUGAUCUCAUCUGCAACGUCCCCUUCAGCCGUCUUCUCGACGUCCACCGCCUCCGCGACGCUUCCCUGACCAUGCUCCUCGCACGCCCGUCAAGGGACAUUACGGCAAAGAAGAAGACACAGCACCGCGCCACGUACCAGCUUGAUCGUGACAUUAUUGGUCUCGCUGAUGACCGGGUCUUCAUCAUGACAUCAGAGACAUCUGCAAUUGAGAAGACAGCGCUGCAGGUGUCGCAGCACGCGGGCACUCAGGCCGGGACAAUCACCAUUCGCCGUGACCUUGAGGACCCACACGUCUACAUCCUCAAGAAGUGGGUGGUUGACAUGAUUGCCGACCGCGACUUGCUGAGCAGCAUCAAGGACGACCUUGUUCCCUACCUCGUCAGCAAGCAGUUUGCACCCCCGCGCAAGCACAGCAAAGACAUCUACAACUACAUCCCCGCCUCAGAAACAGCGCGCUAUGCGGGCAUUGUGCCCUCGGUGAAACUCGAUGACCGUAUUCGCUGCCACGCGCUUGUGCUGGAGAAUGUGCACGGGCUCAACCGCCCAAGCCCAACCGCCAACUUCUGCUGCACACGCGUGCGCACGCUGGAACAAUACAUGGAGAUCAACCACGGCAUGCACAACUUCCUGCAAGAUCUGCUGGAUGUCCCCGAGGAGCAGGUGCAGGAGCUGCAGGCAGACCUCCGCACCGCUCUCGUCACCCCAAACAAGCAGCAACAGCAGCAUGGUGAUGAUGAUGAUGAUGAUGAUGCGAGUGGUGAUGGCAGCAAGCAGGCGGCGACGGGCGCUGAGGGCACGACGCCGCGCGGCAUCACAGUUGCCAAGGUCGCAAAGGUGUCGAAGGAUGUGUUUGUCGGGGUGGGCAGCCGGGCGGAGCCGGGCGCCACCAUGCACUCGUGUGUCAUUGGCGAUGACUGCACAAUUGGCGAAGGCACUGCCAUCCGUGGGUGUGUGAUUAUGAACAACGUCUCGAUUGGCAGGAACUGCCUCCUCACGAAUGUGUGCGUGUGCGACAAUGCGCGCAUUGAAAGCAACAGCAGGCUCAGCAACUGCAACGUAGCACCAGGCCACGUUGUCAAGCCAGGAACCAUUCGUCAAGGCACCGUCACCGGCUCGGCUCCCUCGUUUAUCUGAAUCCAAUCGAGCAACAGCCCCAUCAGCCCCACCACCACCACCACCACUUGUGUCUUGCAUGCGCCCAUAAUACACGCCGCAAUGUAAUUCGAAACAACACUUGCUCACACGUGUACAUGUGUGCACGACUGUGACUGUUCUUAGCCUUGUUCUGCUAUUGUUGUGUUGGUAUUGUUUGCUGUUGCCAUGUGGUGUCAUGUCACAUGAAUCUACAGUGUGAAUGCCGCAAUAAAUGUAUGAAAGCCGCAAUUCUUGGCAAUUCACAACAACAAC